AUGAGCCACUACCCACCACCAGGAGGUUACCCACCAGGAGCUUAUCCACCAGGCGCUGCCUACCCACAACAAGGUUACCCACCAGGUGCCUACCCUCCAGGAGCUGUUCCAGGUGCUUACCCACCAGGUGCUUAUCCACCAACUGGCUACCCUCCAGGUGCCUACCCACCAGGUGCCGUUCCAGGUGCCUACCCACCAGGUGCUUAUCCACCAGGUGCCUACCCUCCAGGUGCCUACCCAUCACACGGUGCUCACGUUGCCUAUGGUCAUCACGGCAAGGUUACAAGCACAAGGGCUACAAGCACAAGGGCUUCAAGGGUUUCAAGAAAGGCUUCAAGGGUUUUAAGAAAGGUUUCAAGAAGGGCUUCAAGGGUUUCAAAUAAGAGAGAUCUUGCAGUCUAA